UUUCAACAUUCAGUUUUAUGAGUUAAACAGUGAAAGUCUGACAAUGAAUUGUGUUAAUUGUUUGUUCAUAAUAUUAUGCAUGUGUGGUCUGACUGUCCGUAUGGACGCUCUCGGCAUCGAUGAGUUUCCGUGCAAUGAUUCCGAAGAGUUUAUGUCAGCAUUGGAUCAACUGAUGGCAACAAACAUAUCACAUCUAAAUACUAUGUUCACGGGAUUUGAACAGAUCUUAAUACGGGUUAAGAAAUCGGAUUUAAACCAUUCAUUGAUAUCAGAGACAGAUAUGUAUUAUAUGGAGGGCGACGGCGGGGAAGCUAUGAAUACAAUGCCGAUUAUGUUUCACAGCGUUUUCCUCGACUCCGACGCGCGAUAACUAAUAAGCGAUAAAAUAUUGUCUCAAUUCUUGUCAUUCACUUUAUUUAUACACUUUUUU